CCCGACCCUGAACACAACAAAACUACAUCACAAUUUACCAUAACUGAGCUUUAAAACUAAGAAGAACGUAUAAAAUGGCGUCUUCGCAAGAUAUUGCUGAUUCCAAGCGACGAGAUAGCGAUUCUGCAGCUUCUCAGGACUCACAAACCGCCGCCGAAUUCAUCAACAGCCAACUUCAACUUGAGGCAGAUGCAAGAGAGGCUCUCCCAUAUAAAUUCGACACCUGCACGAAACAACUCGGUCCUUUGCGCCAGGACCUCUUCGCCUGUAUAACCUGCAACCCGCCACCUGCGAAUCCAUCCGAUCCCUAUACCCCAGCUGGAGUCUGCUAUUCAUGCUCGGUUGCGUGUCACGGCGAGCAUACUCUUGUUGAGCUGUUCUACAAGCGCAACUUCGUUUGCGACUGCGGUACGACGCGUCUCCCAUCCACUGCGCCGUGCACCUUACGGAUCAACUCGGAGACGGGACAGAAAGGCGGAGUGGUCAAUGAGCCGUGUGAGGAGAAGAACGAGUAUAACCAGAACUUUCGAAACCGAUUUUGCGGAUGCGAAUGCGACUAUGAUGCCGAGUCCCAGAAGGGGGUGAUGUAUCAGUGCCUGGGCCUUGGGCCGGCAAGGAAUGGUGGAUGCGGCGAGGAUUGGUAUCAUACUACUUGCGUGGUUGGAUUGGAUCCAUCGUGGCAUGAUGAGGCGAUGAAGAAGAAGGCAGCUUUGGCAGAAUCUACAGUUGGAAAUGACCAAGGAUCGACGACUGCCAUAGUAGAAGCCGAUGGGGAUGCCAUUGAUAUCGAAGAUGGUAUGCCAACACCGCCUGGGUUUCCUCACGCCGAUGACUUUGCUGGUUUUAUCUGCUACAAGUGUGUCGAGGCAAACCCGUGGAUCAAGGCAUAUGCUGGCACAGAGGGAUUCUUGCCGCCUGUGUUCAAACGGAGCGGGGCGCCUUCGCCUCAGGCCAAGUCGGAGAAGAAAGAGGAUCAAAAGGCGGCUCUGAAGACGACAUUCGCUCCUGUUGCUUCAUCGCAGAAGCGAAAAGCAGAGGAUGAUGGUGCUGACGCUGAUGUGGAGACAAAGCGAGCGAGAGGAGACAAUGACACGGAAGGCAAACCCACAUCAACGGCCACCGCCGAGCCAAACACCAAUGGUGAUGGCGCGACAAACUCAAGCAUGAAGGACGAGCCAGCGUCUUGCAAAAUCAGCCAUCUUCCCUCCCCACCAACUGAACACUUCUCCCUCUUCUUCAAAGACGACUUCCGCGCCUCUUUCUGCCGCUGCCCAGCUUGCUUCCCCCACCUUGCCAUUCACCCCCAGCUCCUCGACGAAGAAGAGUCCUACGAGCAAUCCCUCUCGCACUCCUCGGCCGCAUCCGACGGGGCAGGCAGCACGCUCGGCAGCCACGCAGGCAGCCUGUUGGACCGUGGCGAGCGCGCACUGAGCACCAUGGACCGCGUUAAGGCGAUUGAGGGCGUGAUGGCGUUUAACCACCUCAAAGAAAAGUUGACUCCGUUUUUUAAGGAGUUUGCAGAAAGUGGGAGGGUCAUUAGGGCGGAAGAUAUUAAGGCACAUUUUGCGAAGAUGAGAGGGGAUGAGGGGGGAGCCGGAGAGGUGGAGAGAGAGAAGGCUGGGAGUGCGGAGGAGGAUAAGAGGCGUGAGCAGGGAGGGUAUUGAGGUAGUAGUGGGAGGGGAAGUGUAUGAUUAUUUACGAACGGGCGGGGAUAUAGGAGGAGUAUAGGAGGAUAAAGGACCCUGACAGGCAGGCCCAUACAGUUUAGGUCUCGAGCCGAUCAGGAUAGGUUGGGGCUCGAUGGACACGGCGCUAUUUGACACUUGCCGGCGGUUUUCAUAUGAAGCUAUCGAGGGGCAUAGAUACCGUAAUUUAUCAGAUCUUGCUCAAUUAACACGGUCGUCGGUCUCUCAAUUUCAUCACGUGUGCUCACUGGAAGUACGUACAAUACGAAUCAUCUUAACAUCCUCGAACACUCUCAUCUUCACCAACUCCGUACACACUGUAUAGUUGUUAGAUCCAAAUCCCUACGCCACACACACAAACGACAGACGAUGUCGGCGAGGCCGAGGCCUUCUCCACUACCCCAACGCCACGAUCGACCGCCUGACAUACCAAGCUUCCCACUGGAUAACCCUCCGUCCCCAACUCAGCGGCGCCUUUUCUUACUUUUUCCUCCCCCAUUCCCUUACCGUUAUAAGUCAAAGGGCGCGUGCACUGUAAUCCUAGC